UUAUCUGUGUUUGAUCACACUGGACUCAAAAUCUGUUCGGUACCCCAGGUCGGACCUGAACACCUGACGAAAGCAGCCAUGUUUGACGUGGACCUGGUCAACAGGGAUCCCAACAACCUUAACGACCACGUCAAGGUCGCCUUUGAGGAUGUCAUCGCGGAGCCUGACGGCGCCCACAGCAUCGACUGCGUGUGGAAAGUGGCGAGCUGCCUAUUCACCUGCUCCAAAGGCUGCUGCUACAACACCCUGGCCAUCAUCUGUGGCAUGCCCAUGGCGCUGUGCUGGGGCUGUGAGUUCGGCUGCCUCACUUUCGGGCACAUCUGGAGCAUCUCGCCCUGCCUGCGGGUCUUCAUGAUCAACUGCGGCUGUAUGCAGAAGUUCUACGGCACCGCCCUGCAGUGCUUCCUGGCCCCCUACUGCGAGGCCUGCUCCCUCUUCUUCAGCAACAUCGUCGUGAAAAAAAUAUAAGACUGGCGGGAGAGCAUACUUUAUAUAUUUAAACUACUACAUAUGGUAUCGCCAGACGAUUGCCUCUUUACAUACAGUACCUGUCAGCAUUACCUGUGUGUAGUUCGCGAUGUGUCUCAAUUUGUCGCAGCCUCAGAGCCACACAUACAAUGAGUGUAUUUAACGUGAGAAACAAACAAUAAUAACAAAUUAUACUUUCAUCUGUAAAAAAAUAAGUAUACAUUCUUUUGUAAAGAGAUGAUAGCUAAUUAUACUUUUUUUAUGAAUAAGCAUAUUUGCGGGUUUUGUUGCUAAGCAACAUAGUUUUUGUAAAACGAUUUCAGAUUAUGAAUGUCAAUCAUUGUUCGUUGACUUAUUAGAAGGCACAGUUUCUUAUCCACAGAAAUAAAAAAAUAAAUAAAUAAAUAAAUAAAUAAAAAGCAAAAACUGUCUGGGUUAAUGUUUACCACCA